AUGGCGGAAUCAGCACCAACCAAGGCCGUUGCGCCGAUGCAGCGCAAAGAAAGCAGGAGAGUGAUCGAAGCAAAGAAGACCUACGGCCGUGGAAAGGCUAUCCAUACUCAGGGUAUCAGAGACAAAAAGCUCCGGAGUAACCUCCGAGCCGUUGAAGCCAAGUACAAAGAUGCAGUAGUCCGGGCCAAAGAUGCGGAGAUUCUUCUCGAACAUGAAGCUGGUUUUAUUGAGCCUGAGGGGGAGAUGGAAAGGACUUAUAGGGUUCGACAAAGCGAAAUUACAGCGAAUGUCGGAAUUGAGACCGCCAAGAAGAAGUUUGAAUUGAAGCUGGAGGACUUCGGACCGUACCGCAUGGACUACACAAGAAAUGGCCGCGAGUUGUUGUUAGCCGGACGAAAAGGGCAUGUUGCGACAAUGGACUGGCGGAAUGGCAAGCUAGGCUGUGAGCUGCACCUGAGGGAAACCGUUCGAGAUGCCCGGUGGCUACACAACAAUCAGUUCUUUGCUGUGGCCCAGAAGAAGUCGGUGUAUAUCUACGAUAGCAAGGGUGUGGAAAUCCACUGUCUGAACCGGAUUGUCGAGCCCUGUUUCCUUGAAUUCCUUCCUUAUCACUUCCUCCUCGCAUCAGCUCAAAUGAGCGGACAUCUCAAGUACACCGAUACCUCAACCGGACAGCUCGUCGCUGAAAUCCCUACCAAAGUCGGCGCCCCAACAUCCCUCUGCCAAAAUCCAUGGAACGCCAUCGUCCACGUCGGUCACCAAAACGGAACCGUCACACUCUGGUCCCCCAACACGCAAGCCCCACUGGUCAAAGCCCUCGUGCACCGUGGCCCAGUCCGAUCAAUGGCAAUCGACCGCCAGGGACGGUAUAUGGUCUCGACAGGCCAAGACCUAAAAAUGCAAGUCUGGGAUAUCCGCAUGUACCGCGAAGUCCACUCCUACUCCUGCCACCAACCGGGCUCCUCCGUCUCCAUCAGUGACCGCGGUCUCACAGCAGUCGGCUGGGGUACUCAAGUCAGCGUUUGGCGCGGGCUCUUCGACGCGGCAACCGCCGAUCAGGGUAAAGUUCAAAGCCCCUACAUGGCGUGGGGCGGCGACGGGCAACGCAUCGAAAACAUGCGCUGGUGCCCCUUCGAGGAUAUCCUCGGCGUGGCGCACGACAAGGGCUUCGCGAGCAUCAUCAUCCCCGGCGCGGGAGAACCCAACUUCGAUGCCCUGGAAGUAAACCCGUACGAAAACCCCAAGCAACGCCAGGAAGCCGAAGUCCGCGCCCUUCUGAACAAACUCCAACCGGAUAUGAUCUCGCUCGACCCCAAUUUCAUCGGCAAAGUCGACACCAUCAGCGACAAGAAGAACCGCGAGGAAAAGGACCUCGAUCGCCAACCCGAAGAUACCAUGGAAAAACUCAAGAACCGGGGACGGGGCAGGAACAGCGCGCUGCGCAGGUACCUCCGCAAGAAGGGCAGGCGGAAUGUCAUCGACGACCAGCUGCUCAAGGCUCAGAUGCUGCGCAAGGAGCAUGCUGCGCGUGCAAAGGACAAGCUCCAAGCCGAGCGCGAAGACUUGGGCCCGGCGCUGGGCCGAUUUGCCCGGAAGGAAAUGUAA